AUGGCGUCCCCUCUCCCCCAUCCACUAUCUGCCCUCAGCAUCGAGGAGACCAACCAAGCACGCGAAAUUGUUCUCAGUCUGCAUCCAAACACUGUCAUCGACUUCCGUACCAUCUACUUGCUUGAGCCGCCCAAGGCAAAGACCGUGCCAUUCUUGCAGAUCGAGCACGCGGGAAAACUAACACCAAGUACACCAAGACCACCACGGCUGGCUGAAGUCUGCUAUGAUGUGAUAGGUGGUUCCAAGGUGCCAGAGUACCAUGAGUCGGUUGUCGAUCUGCGCUUGCACAAGCGUACCACCCACAAGAUCGUCGACACAGAGUACCAUGCCAAUCUGAGCAUCUUCGAGUUUGAAACUGUAGUCACCACAAUCAAAAACUCGACGCUUUUUCAGGAGAAGCUCAAGGCCAUCAAGCUGCCAGAGGGUUUUGACGUUGUCAUUGAGCCCUGGCCUUACGGGGGCCCUGACCUAACCGAUGGCCCCGCCCGUCUUUUCCAGGGCCUGUGCUUUGGGCGUGACACUCGCAGCGGCAAUCCCGACGUCAAUUUCUAUGCAUAUCCCAUUCCCCUGAUCCCUAUUGUGGACGCCAACAAGCGUGAGCUUGUGCGUGUGGACGAACCGGCCACCGGCGGCAAGGGCGAUCUCUUGACGGGCAAGACGAGCAAGACAGCCCGCAUCCUCGACCAUUGUCGGCCAGCUGAAUAUGUGCCAGAGCUUCUGCCCGGUGGUACACGCAAGGAUGUGAAGCCUUUGACUGUAGUACAAUCUGAAGGGCCAAGUUUUGCGAUAUCUGGCGAUAAUCUGGUCCAGUGGCAGAAGUGGCGGAUGCGGCUCUCAUUUAACCCGCGCGAGGGCGCCGUCCUACACGACAUCAGCUACGAUGGCCGAGAUGUCAUGUACCGGCUAAGCAUAAGUGAUAUGACGGUCCCAUAUGGUGACCCGCGGCCCCCUUAUCAUCGAAAGCAAGCGUUUGAUUUCGGCGACGGCGGCCUGGGUCACGCGGUGAACAAUCUCACACUGGGCUGUGACUGCCUUGGUGUAAUAAAGUACUUUGAUGGCGUCCUGACAAAGGCCGACGGCACGGCUGUGGCCACCAAGAAUGUUAUCUGCCUGCACGAACAGGACAACGGCAUUGGAUGGAAGCACACGAAUUGGCGCACCGGACGUGCUGUAUCCACUCGUCGCCGUGAACUUGUCGUCCAAUUUAUCAUCACCCUUGCGAACUACGAGUACAUCUUCGCAUUCAAGUUUGAUCAGGCCGCCGGUAUUGAAGUCGAGGCCCGCGCCACUGGUGUCGUGUCGGUUGUCAACAUUGACGCUGGGGCUGCCCCGCCUAACUGGGGAAAUAUCGUAAGUCCAGGUGCCCUGGCCCAGAAUCACCAGCACAUGUUCUGCCUUCGUAUCGAUCCGGCUGUGGAUGGCCACAACAAUACACUCGUGCAGGAGGAGAGCUUACCCGCUGUCGCCUCUAACCCGGCCACCAACCCCAACGGCAACUACUACGAGGUCUGCCAGACACCCAUCUCCACCUCGACCUCUCUCGAUCUGGAGCCUACCCGCCACCGUGUCUUCAAAAUUCAGAAUCGGAGUCGCAUCAACCCUGUCAGCGGCCGACCUGUCUCCUACAAAGUCCUGGCCCCACCUACGCAGCUACUGCUGGCCCACCCUGACAGCAUUCAGUCUCAGCGCGCCUUGUUUGCCCGCCAUCACUUAUGGGUCACUCGCUAUCGCGAUUAUGAGCUGUACGCAGGUGGACGUUAUACCCUGCAGAGCCGGCGGGAGGUCGGUGGCGUGGCAGACGCAGCAGCGCGUAACGAGAAUGUGUUAGAUGAGGACAUUGUUUUGUGGAGUGUGUUUGGCCUAACCCAUAAUCCACGCGUCGAAGACUGGCCUGUCAUGCCGGUGGAAAUGCUCAAGGUACAGAUCAUUCCAUCAGACUUCUUCGUCAGCAACCCGGCUCUAGAUGUACCCUCAGACAUUGAUGGCCAGUCUAAGCUAGCAAGCACCUGUUGCGAUAAGGCUUAG